UCUGUCAUCCUAACCUACAAUUUCAAAUUUGCUUUUAUUUAUGUAGAUCUUAACAUUAGUAACUUAUUUGAAUAUUUUACUCUUUAUACCAAUUAUUCUUUUAUAACAGUUUUGAUAUAAUGUACCUCUACUCUUAAGUUAAUACAAUCAAGUAUUCAUGAACUCCCACUAUGGACCUAGCUACAAAAAAAUAAGUUAGUGUAAUAAUGGGCAAAACUUAGAUUUAUAAUUUGCACUCUUUUCUUUUGUAAAAUCAACGGAGUGUCACACAAGCCGUAAAUAAAUUUGGCAAGUUGCCAGUUCUUUUGUCAUAAUGACUACUUUGCAAUCACAAGAUGAUUGUCAAAGUAAUGAGUCAAAUAAGUCAUUUCCCAUAACAAUAGAUUCAUCGCGAUUUCCUUUGGAUAGCACCAUGCAUAUUGUAUUUACAGGUUAUUUUAAUGGCAUUGGUGUUGAAAUUAGAUCUAUUCGUGAAAUGGCCCUUUUGUAUCAAAUGGGUUGUUUUGGUAAGGGGACAUUCUCCCGGUCUAAACCUAAGAUGUACCAAACUGAUGGUAGCCCUCAAAUAAUGCGUAAACGGCAGUUCCUCAAGAGAAAUUACUGGUACAAGAAAUUUAGUACCACUUCAAACACAAUAGAAUCCGAUUUAUUUUUCAAAGAUAUUGAUGAAAUUUCUGCAAAAAUACUUCAAGAUUGUGAAAAUAAAAAUGUCAUCGAUUUGGUAUCAAGUGAUGAUGAUGAUGAAGACAUAAGAGAUUUUGCAAAUUCGCAAAUGGAUGACUGUAAUAUUAAUGAGAAAGAUGAUAUGGUGGUGGUUGUCGCCAAUAGUGAUUCUGAAGAGGAUGAUUAUUUUGCUAAUUUGAAACCACAAUGUUGUCUUAACAAACCACAAGUCCAUGAGAAAUUAAUGUUAACACUACAAGAAGCAUUUUUCUUGAUAUAUGGACUAGGAUGCUUACAAGUAAUUUAUUCUGAUAAACUUCUGAAUGUGGAACAAAGUUUAGAAUUAUUCACUCAAACUGACAAAUAUUUUGUGACCAAAUAUGUUGUCUAUCAUUAUUUUCGAUCAAAAGGGUAUGUUGUAAAGUCUGGAAUCAAAUUUGGAGGUGACUACUUGCUAUAUAAAGAUGGUCCUGGCCUUUCACAUGCUGAAUUUAUAGUAGUUAUAAGAAACAUACGAGAACAAAAUUGUGAUUUAAAUUGGAUUUCAAUUUUGGGACAUAAUAGAAUGGCAGUUACUACAUUAAAGAAAGUAAUUAUUGCAGAAGUUGUGAAACCAAGUAGUGAAACAAAAAUAACAGAAGGUUUAAGCAAUUACAGUGUGCAAGAGAUGAUAUUAACAAGAAAUAUUCCAAUCACUUUAAAUGAUGAUUUUAAUUGAACAGUUCAUUUUUAUAACAAUAAAUAAUAACAUUUUUAUGCACUAUAAUCACUAUAACGACUCUUGAUUGCAUAUUUUACUUUUGUAAU